AUGAACAACCAAGAUAUCCACCAACAAGCGGAGCGACAGGAUGACGAGGUCAAUGAAGAAACAUCUUUGGUACAUCCUCCUACCGCCGAGCCAUAUUCCGUCUUCACAUCCAAACAGAAACGCCUCAUUAUUCUGAUAGCGGCACUGGCCUCGAGCUUUUCGCCUCUAUCUGCCAAUAUCUACUACCCGGCAUUGAACUCCAUUGCAAAGGAGUUGCGAAUAUGCCAGGGCCUCGCUCCAAUGUUAACAGGAUCAUUGGCAGACCAAGCCGGUCGUCGACCCGCGUACAUCCUUUGCUUCUCAAUAUACAUACUUGGGAACAUUGCUUUGGCUCUACAACACAGUUUCCCGGCACUCCUAGCUCUUCGUGCUGUUCAAAGUUGUGGCAGUAGCGGCACUAUCGCGCUUGCAUCCGCCGUGGCCGCCGACAUUAUCACAUCUGCCGAGCGAGGAAUGUAUAUGGGUUUUACAUCUCUGGGAAACAUUCUUGCUCCAUCCAUCGGGCCUAUCCUUGGUGGUGUUCUGAGUAAGUAUCUGGGCUGGGAAGCAAUAUUCUGGUUCCUGGCUAUUGCAGCAGGUACUUGCUUCGUCCCGCUGUUGCUCCUUUUCCCUGAAACAUGUCGUGGGAUUGUGGGAAAUGGCUCAAUACCCGCACUUGGAUGGAAUCUAGCCAUUUGGAGUUAUUUCCAGACCACCACCGCAGUGACCCCGCCGACACCAACUGUACCGAGGAGGCGCAUAAAUGUUCCCAACCCCUGUCCAACCCUGCGUCUGCUUUCCCACCGACCUGUGGGACUAGUUCUUUUCGCAAACGGAGUUGUAUUCAGCAGCUACUAUGCUGUCACUGCUGGAAUCCCCGCACUCUUCCAUAGAAUCUAUAAUCUGGACGACUUGGAGAUUGGCCUAUGCUUCAUUCCUGCAGGACUUGGGUCAUUACUCAGUGCAACUGCCAACGGAGUAUUAGUUGACUGGAAUUACCGACGGACUCGACGCAACGCCGGUCAGACGGUACACAAGAACCAAAAGCAGGAUAUUAUUGAAUUUCCCAUCGAGCAAGCGAGGUUGCAGAUUGGCAUGCCAAUGACACCCCCACUCCUGGCUUCACUAAUUAUGGUGUUUGUAAUUUGCUUUUGUAUUACGGCGGCAUAUAACGUGAUGAAUAUUCUCAUUGUCGACUUGUACUACGAGAUGCCCGCUACUGCUAUGGCCGCUAAUAAUCUUGUCCGAUGUUUCUUGGGUGCUGGGGCUGCAGCAGUGGUAAACCCUCUAAUCAAGCAAAUUGGCGUGCAAUGGACAUAUUGUUUUGUAUCGGGAGCAAUUGUUUUAGUUACCCCGAUUCUAAGCAUUGUCUACCUUCAGGGCUGGGAAUGGCGGAAGAAACAAGCCGAAACUGAUGCACAACUGCGAACUGUACACGAGGGACCAUAG